GCCAACGAUCGUCCCCUGCUAGCGUCGGAGCCGAAGACCUACUCUACUGCGCGCGGUGACAGCUUCAUCCGAUCCAGACGACAACCGUACAUUGUUCUGUUUGUUUGUGCGACAGCGAGUGAAAGAGAAGGCGGUUCGCAUCUCGGGAGAAAAAUCAGAUCGUCCGAUGGAAAAGCAAGCGGGUUCGAACGGUGAAACGCUGUGACACUUUAUCAGUGACGGGUGCCCGCUAGACACGGCUCAGUUCUUCACUGGACGUCGCAGGGCUAGGACACAGCGCGACACAGGGAAUAUUGCAACCCGUCUUCUUGAUCUCGUGCUCAGAGGUGGUCACAUCCCAUUACUACCUACAGGUGGGCAAGCAAGUUCAAGAAUUGUUCUUUUAGUGAAGGGAUAUGUGAUUUCCACCCGGCCUCGGCUAGUGCAGUUUGUGUGAAAGAAAAAUAACUUCAAGGCGAAAGGCGGACAUUCGUACGGUUCCCCCGAGUGAAGUUGCAUCUGGUUGCUGUCGUGUGUGAUCACUAGCACUCGUGAUCGUGACUAAAGAACCUUAAGACGAUCUCCAAAUAAACGGCACGCAUCACGACCCGCAUAUCAUAUCUCAGACACCACAGCAUUACGAUGGCGACGGAGACGACGGUAACGGCCAGCGUCAGCCAUUGUAGUAGAAGCCACCGAAGAAGAGGCACUAGUGGCAGCAGUAGUGGCGGUGGUGUUAUGCUAAUCGCAUCAAUUUUGGUAUUAUCAGUCCAUUACGGUCAUGCACAGGAUUUUGGAUACGAUGGCGAUAAAGGACCGUCCCACUGGGGUGAACAGUACAAUACCUGCACCGGUAAACACCAGAGCCCUAUCAACAUCAACUCGCUGGACGUGAAGAAGGUCAACCUACCACCGCUAGUGUUUCAGGGUUUCGAUGUCGCACCUCGGGAAACGAACCUCACCAACAACGGCCAUACCGUGGUCGUCACGAUGGAGUCGGAAGUGACGCCGACCGUGUCCGGUGGACCGCUUUCCGGGGUUUACGAAUAUUCGCAGCUUCAUUUCCACUGGGGUGAUAAUGAUACCUUUGGCAGCGAGGACAUGAUCGACAACCAUCGCUUUCCCAUGGAGCUACACAUUGUGUUUUACAAGCAGGAUUACAAGAACGCCCGCACGGCACUCAACUAUCCCGACGGAUUGACCGUGUUGGCAUUUUUCUACGAAAUCGCCCCAGAAGACAACCCGAUGUAUCAGGAAUUUAUCGAACUGCUUGGUAACGUCACCGGAAGCCAUCUGUCGGCCCGGUUCGAUGCACCACCCUCGCUCAAGGACCUGAUUGCGGAGGAUUUGCUGCACUACUACACGUACGAUGGCUCGCUGACGACACCGCCCUGCAGCGAGGUGGUCACAUGGAUCGACUUUAAGGAACCGAUUCUGCUGUCUCACGCACAGGUGCAAGCGUUCCGCGCGUUGGAAAACGAGGAGGGACAUCCAUUGACACACAACUUCCGCCCUGUGCAGCCGCUAGGCGAUCGAGUGGUGCUGUACAACACGGAUGAGAUUAUCAAGCAGGUCGAUCUGGACGAGGAACAUCCGCCCGAACAACCGGAAGGUGUCGACACAAACAAGAUCGAUACACCAAAGUCUGACGAAGCGAUCAGCUCUCCGAAGGAUCCAAACUCGAGGAAACAUCCUCGGAAUACGGCUUCGUCUCCGUUCACAUCACAAUGGACAGUAUUAGGUGCCUCGCUGGUGUUCACAUGGAUCGUGUUUUGUUGCUCGGAUCGAUACUGCUAAACAAUGCGAUCCUCAUUGCUGUACAUAUAGGGAAUAGACCGUCACACGCACAAAAAGGGUGGCGACAAAACCGCUGCAGUUAGUUCCGAAACAAACCAACAAAGUACGAUACACUGUUACCAGAGCUGCUAGUGAACCGUGAUAUGGGCAGAAGGAAGCGUGGAGUAAGCAAAUUUUAAUCCUACAAAAUAUUCUACACAUUCAGCUCGCAACUAAGGACAUUAUAGAGUAGAUACAUUGCUUAGGAAAAUUAGCCUAAAAACGAUUUAAGAAUUUGAAGAAAAAAAAAAUGCCUACCUUUUUACAUGGUCAUCGGACCGCAAUUAA